AUGCGGCGGACAUUUGGCAUGUCCGGGUGGAGUAGGAAAAGAGAGAUAUGGUCUCGUUUCCUUCUAUCCACCGGAUGCCACGUCUUCGACUACCAACCAUCUGGAAUUCUCAUGAGAUCAAAUUCCCGGUAUCGUGUGAUGAUGUUGCGUGGGAAGCAGGAGGUCCUGGUACCCAAGCCAUCGUUGUUCUCACUUCCAAUGUCCAUCGCUUUUCUAGUGGAUUCGUCACCAAUGCCGUUUACAAGUCACUUUCCUGUCCCGUCUGCGCUUCCAAAGAUGACACUUAUCACCACCAACAAACCAGCUACAAUAUUCAAAUAUGCUCACCAAGCUUCCCAAAAGUGGAAACGCUUUUGGGACCCCGUCAUGGCGUUACAAUACCCAUCUACCCAUCUACCCAUCGUCUGGUUGGUGCAUUGGCAUCUACCGUGA